AUCUAUACCCAGCCCAAUCUAACCCCAAAAUAAGCUUUAAAGAUUAACCCCUCCCCCUUCAAAAAGCCCUGAUAUCAUCGUGCAUAUACAUCCCAAAAAAUGACAACCCUAACACGAACCCUCCGGUAUAUACCUCGAAUUCUCCCAACAAUCACCCCCAAGACCACAACUCGUACAGUCCGCAUCGCCGCCUCAGCAACAGCCCAAGACCACCAUGCCUCGACAAACGCCACGCCCGUCGAAGACGUCUCCUCAUUCCGCCCACCCGCACAAUCCCAAGUGGAAUCCCACAUCGCCCGUCUCCCCCUGGUACAAUCCCUCCGUCGCGAUCCCAGCUACAAAGAGUCCCGCCCGCACCUCUCCAUGAACGCAUCUAUCCGGCCGGCGCAUUUCGUAGCGGGCUCGCUGGCCGGACGGGAAAAGAUCACCGUGCCGCCGUACAUGUGGACGUCAACGGAGAAGCUGAAAGAGAGUGGACAGCAUGCGGGGCGGGUUAUCGCUGUAUUCCAUAUCGGGAAGCAACUGUGCGGACAUCCGGGGUUCGUGCAUGGGGGGCUGCUGUCGGUGAUGUUUGACGAGGCGUUUGCGCGGUGCGUGUCGGCGUCGUUUGCGAGUGGGCUGGGGAUGACGGCGAAUUUGAAUGUGGAUUUUCGGAAGCCCGCGGUGCCAGAUCGGGUGUAUGUGUUGCGUGCAGAGACCGUCAAGGUGGAAGGGAGGAAGGCGUGGGUGGAGGGCAGUUUGAACUCGUUGCCCGCCGCUGGCGAGGAGAGUGACCCCGUCUUGGUAGCUGAGGCGAGGGCUUUGUUUGUUGAGCCCAAGUUUGCAGAGAACAUGGUACCUCUGUAUCGCGGUUAAUUGAUGAGAGCUGGAUGGGAUGGGGGACAGCGCAUUCUGUAUACAGUUCAGCA